AUGCCUCCUGCAAAGCGCAAAGCGACCGACAGUGGUCGGUCUAGUAGAGCAUCGAAACGAGCAACCCCCGUGCCUGACAUCCACGAGGUUGGCAGUAGCGACGAAUAUUCCGAUUACGAGGAGGAUGCGAAGGUGACUAAAUUGAAAGAGGUCGUCGACAAAUUCUCCCUCGAGUCUUUCAGCAACAAGAGCGAUGGACACGUGCAGAAACACGAUCCAAAUUUCGGCUACAAGGACUUCUCUUCGCUGGAUUUGAAGCCAGACCACGCCAACCGUCCCCUAUGGAUCGAUCCGCUGAAAGGCACCAUCACGCUGGAGAGUUUCUCGCCGUUGGCCCCUCAAGCGCAAGAUUUUCUGACAACGAUCGCCGAGCCUCUUUCGCGUCCGACCCAUAUGCAUGAAUACCGGUUGACGGGGAAUAGUUUGUAUGCGGCCGUGUCUGUCGGUCUUCUCCCUCAGGACAUCAUCAACUUCCUCGACCGACUGUCGAAGACCCCGCUACCAGAUGCCAUCAAAUCUUUCAUCAUCGAUUUCACCAAGUCUUACGGGAAGAUCAAGGUCGUGCUGAAGCAUAAUCGUUUCUUCGUGGAGAGUACCGACCCGGGCAUGCUCCAGAUGCUUCUUCAAGAUGAAGUCAUCGGACCGCAGAGACUGCAGGGGUCGGAAGGGAUCACACAGCAGGCAGCCCCGAAGAUGGGCGGUCUGGUGAUUCCGGGAACGAGAGAUGCUGCCGGUGUGAAACAGACAUCGGAGCAGCAACAGCAACCUGCAGAGGAAGGAGCAGUCGAAAGGACCCAGGAGGACGACCUGCUCCUGGCGAUCCGCGAUGACGACGACGAUGAUGAUCAGGAACAAGUACACAGCUUCGAGAUUCCAAACGAGGCGGUAGAACCAGUCAAAGCCCGCUGUCAGGCCAUGGGCUGUCCGGCUCUGGAAGAGUACGAUUUCCGCAAUGACGAGAUCAACCCGACCUUGGAUAUCGAUUUGAAGCCAAAUGCACGGAUUCGAAGUUAUCAGGAGAAGAGUCUUAGUAAGAUGUUUGGCAACGGACGAGCGAAGAGCGGUAUUAUUGUCUUGCCUUGCGGGGCUGGAAAGACCCUGGUUGGUAUCACUGCUGCUUGUACCAUUAAAAAGGGGACAAUCAUCCUGUGUACGAGCUCCAUGUCCGUGGUGCAGUGGCGAAACGAGUUCUUGCGGUGGUCCAAUAUCGAUCCCGGUGACAUCGCCGUGUUCACAUCCGAUAACAAGGAGAAAUUCCGCCGAUCCACCGGUAUCAUCGUGUCGACAUAUUCGAUGGUUUCCCAGACGCGGGCGCGAUCGCACGAUGCGCAGAAGAUGAUGGAUUGGAUCCAGUCGCGGGAAUGGGGUCUUAUGAUCCUUGACGAAGUGCACGUCGUGCCUGCUUCUAUGUUCCGAAAGGUCACAUCGGCCAUUGCCACGCAGAGCAAGCUCGGUCUGACGGCCACGCUGCUGCGUGAGGACGACAAGAUCAAGGAUUUGAAUUUCCUGAUUGGUCCCAAACUGUACGAAGCCAAUUGGAUGGAACUCGCCGAGCAGGGACACAUUGCGAAGGUCCAAUGUGCCGAGGUGUGGUGCCCAAUGACUACGGAAUUUUACUCUGAAUACAUGAGGGAGAAGUCCAGAAAGGCCGCUCUCCUUUAUAUCAUGAAUCCCCGGAAGUUCCAAGCGGCUCAGUUCUUGAUCGACUACCACGAGAAGCGGGGCGAUAAAGUCAUUGUGUUCUCGGACAAUGUUUAUGCUCUCGAGCGUUAUGCGCUCAAAUUGAACAAGGCUUACAUCUACGGCGGUACUCCUCAGAAUGAGCGGAUGCGAAUUCUCGAGAACUUCCAGCACAACGAGCAAGUCAAUACGAUUUUCCUUUCGAAGAUCGGUGAUACCUCGCUGGAUCUCCCAGAAGCUACCUGUCUGAUCCAGAUCUCUUCGCACUACGGUUCUCGGCGUCAAGAGGCCCAGCGACUUGGUCGUAUUCUGCGGGCCAAGCGUCGAAACGACGAAGGCUUCAAUGCAUUCUUCUACUCCCUUGUGUCGAAAGACACAGACGAAAUGUUCUACUCGUCGAAGCGCCAAGCGUUCCUUGUCGACCAAGGUUAUGCCUUCAAGGUGAUCACCCACCUCCAAGGCAUAGAGAAUCUGCAAGGUCUUGCAUACGCGACACCCGGUGAGCGCCGCGAGCUUCUGCAAGAAGUCAUGCUGCAGAAUGAGACCUCGGCGGAGGUGGAGCAUGUCACGGACGACCUUUUCUCGGAGCGCUCCGGCGGCGCCAAGGGCAAGAAGGCGGCUGUGAAGCGGAGCGCCGCUACACUGAGUGGAUUGGCUGGAGGCGAGGACAUGGCUUACGUCGAGUACAACCGGAGCCGGAACAAGCAGCUGAAAGACAAGGGAGCGCACCACCCUCUGUUCCGAAAGAUUGAACGGGAUCUUCAAAAGAGGAAGAAGGAUAUGGCGGACCUCCGGUGA